AUGCUUGAUCUCUUUGCAUCUUUGUUCUAUCUUUCUAUUGCAAAGGGAGCAGAUGUCAAUGCACAUAAAACGGGUGCAUUGGGGAUCCCUUUGCAUUGUGCUGCUUGGCACGGCCACUAUGAUGUUGCCAAGGAGCUCAUAUCGAGUGGCUCUGACAUUAAUGCAUUGUCAUGGGACUCUAGAUCACCAUUACACUAUGCAGCUGGAAACCAACAUGUCAACGUAUCAGAGUUGCUCAUCACUAGUGGUGCCAACAUCAAUCAACGUAACAAAGAUGGUUAUACUCCCCUACAAUAUUUUAAAGAUCAAUCAACUGAAUCAAGACUUUUAAAAUUAGCUAAUUCAAAUCCUACUUCUUCAUCAUCAUCAACAUCAAAUACAAGUACAAGUACAAAGGGAGGAGGAGAGUUUAUAACAAAACCAUUACCUAUCAAUGGUUUGAUAUUAUCACCACGGUCUGAUAAUUGUAUUGACCGAGUACAAUAUGUUGGGGAGAGAUCAUCGAUCAUCUAUAUCAACAAUAAUACCAAUGAAGAGAUGAUGAUUCAUUAUGGAGCGGUCUAUUACAACUCACACUAUCGACAAUGGAUGGGUUCUGAUCGAGGAUUGGGUGAGAUCAAACCAGGUACGUCAAAGGGAAUUUGUUUGAAUCGAUCGGUUGGAGGUGACAAUGUCAAGUGGUUUGCAGUAGUCUUUACCAAAAAGAAUUGGUUUAAUUGCAAUGUGAUAGAGUUUCAUAAGUGUACACCUAUACAAAAGGAUGUGGAAGUGGCUGCUAGAAAGGCAAUCAAAAGUGUAGCCAUACAAUGGAGAGAUGCUUGGGUUGAUGGAACUAUCGCUGACAUGGACAAAAACAUAGAAUCUCUAUCAAGACAAAUGUAG